AUGGUCGUUGGCUGCUAUGGAAGAGAUUAUAGGAGAAGUAAAUAUUUAGUUUUGAAAACGGAAUAUUAUGGUUUUUUUAAAAGCUACUUUGACUUAUUUGCAGCAUCUUAGCAACACACAUUAUAUCUCGAGACGGAAAUGCAGUCUGUCACUUUCUCAACACGCAGCAUUUCUUUGAGCCGUUUAUUGGAAACUGGUGGUGUUGCCCGUUGGCCUUCAUUGGUACAGAGCAGAUCAGUUAGCAGACUUAAAGACAAUGCAGCAAAAGUACCAUCUUUCACAAUGGCCCAGCAAAUCACCAAAAACAAGAUUUCGCCUGAUCGGCGGGGUUUCCCAUUAGGAGUCACGGAGCCACGGCGGAACCUACCACUGCCUGAACAAGCCUCGAGAGCUGCGGCACGCGGGCUGCCGACAGCUAAACCUGUCCCCAGCCGGCCCGGGCCGUCGAGGAACUGGCCAGACAUGUUCGCGUGUGGCGCGUCAAGCAGUUCGCAGAGUAGACUGUUGCUCAGCAGGGUUCCAGCGUCCACGUAUUCCACUCUGAGUCCUGCCGAUGGGUCGCCUCUGCAGUCGCAGGGGACGGGACCUGCGGGUGGAGGUUUAUACUCUGUGGAGAAUGUGUUCAAGCAACCAAAAUCCACAUUGCAUAAUUUCUACGAUAUGCUAUCUUCCAAAUUAAGGAAUCCAAAUCUUAGGUUAACUCAUAGUUUCAAAACAAACCCAGGUAAAAACAAUUACAAUGCUAUGUGGAACUGUACAUAUUGCAUUAAAUGGCCUUUGGAAAAAUGUUUCACGGGGGAGGGUCAAAACAAGUCUGAUUCGUCGACACGCGCAGCGUUGGAGGCUCUCGCCUGGUUGAAGAAUGCUGGGGUGAUUGACGAUAAAGGCCGACCGAUGAUCGACAGUACAGGAGAAGUUGCGAAGCCAGAGGAAAAGGCAGGAGUGAAAAUUAAAGUUGAAAGUGAGGGCAAUGUGUUGGUCAAUCAAAAAAACUUUGAAGAGAGCGCAGCAGUAACUGGACUUACCCCGGAAAAUAAAGGAGUUACGCAGAGUGAUGUUAGGACUGCCUGUGAUGAGACUUCACAGGGUAAAACCUCAGCGGCUGGGCCCAGUGUUGAUAACGAGAUGGCACUAGCCCAACCUAACACCAACCAAGUGACUUGGCCAAGUGCUGCUACGACGUCCCUGUCUAGUGUUGGUAUCAAAGGUGACCAGAAGGUUGCUCAAGAAACUACCCUUCGGAAGCCAGCAGUCCAAUCUAAGGUUGUAAACAACACACUCUCCAACAAGCCAGGUAUAGCUCAACAGCAGAAAGUCAUGAAAACAUCUGCCAAAAGUAAUAAUGAAACUGAAAUGUUUCGAGGCAUAGACGGUGCGGUGGCGGCGCUGAAGCAGCCCAAGUCGACGCUGCACAACGUGUACGUGGCGGUGGCCGGCGAGCUGGGCGACCCGGCCCUCGAGCUGCACCAGAGCUACCACGUGGCGGGGCGCUCCAAGCUGGCGGGGCCGGCGGUGAGGUGGACCUGCACCUACGCGGUGCGCUGGCCCUCGGAGGCCCGCUUCGUGGGCGAGGGGCCCAGCAAGGCCUGCGCGGCGAGGCACGGCGCGCUCCAGGCGCUGUCCUGGCUGCGGGGGCUGGGCCGGAUCACCAGGGACGGCCUGCCCGUCCUGCACGACAAGCGGGAGGUGAAGGAGCUGAGGAGGAGCCUGCCGGAGUGCCGCCUCGACGCAGAGUCCGCCGCCUCCGUCCAGGCUCUGCUGGACGGCUAUCACCAGGAUGUACAAAAGCUACUGAAAAAGUACAAAGCAGAUGAAAAUUACAUGGAAGAUGAAGAUGGAAACUACUUACAUGAUGACAUUUUGCAGCCUGAACGUUUCAGCCACUCAAAUAUGUUGCGACCAGAAUGCAUCAGCAAUGCAAAUUCAGAAUCAGAACCAAGUAUUAAAAACAGCAUUGCACUGAAGAGACGCAAUGAAGAUUUGUAUCGACGGCUGCAGAAGUGGGAUGAAGACCCAACUGAAGCGAUGCUCGAAGUAGAAAGAGUGCGCUCCAGCUUUCCGAUCUUUAAAUUCCGGACGGAGGUGUGCCGGCUGGUGGUGGGCAGCGGGGCGGUGGUGAUCCAGGGCGAGCCGGGCUGCGGGAAGAGCACGCAGGUGCCCCAGUUCCUGCUGGAGCACUGGAGCGCCCGCGGCCAGGGGGCGAGCUGCAACAUCGUGGUGACCCAGCCGCGGCGCAUCAGCGCCAUCGCCCUCGCCAAGUACGUGGCCGGCCAGAGGCAGGAGCAGCUGGGCGACGUGGUGGGGUACCAGGUGCGCCUGAACUCGGUGCUGCCCCGCCCCGUGGGGGGCUCGCUGCUGUUCUGCACCACGGGCGUGCUGCUGCAGCGGCUGCGAGACGACCCGGGGCUGCAGGGGCUCAGCCACGUGGUCCUGGACGAGGCCCACGAGCGGGACCUCAACACCGACACCCUGCUGGUGCUGCUGCGCCGGGCGCUGCGCCUCAACCCCGACCUGCGGCUCAUCGUCAUGAGCGCCACCAUCAACGCCGAGCUGUUCCAGCGCUACUUCGGCGGCGCCAGGGCCCUGCACAUUCCCGGUUUCACCCACCCUGUCAAGCAGUUCUUCUUUGAGGACUUCCGUAUUCCUGAUCUGAAGAUCAAGACAGAGACGUUUAGUCGACCCAAUCCCGUCAUAGAAGCUGACGAGGUGGCGAAGGUGAUAUUCUGGGUGGACAAGCACCGACCACCCGGGGCAAUCCUGUGCUUCCUGCCGGGCUGGGCGGAGAUCAAGGCAGUCACCAAGUCUUUGCAGAAGCUGAACAGUGGCUUUGGGUACAUACUGCCGCUUCAUUCGCGUCUCUCCGACGAGGACCAGAGGCGGAUAUUCAGCUCCCCGCCUCUGGGACUUCGCAAGAUUAUCCUGGCCACCAACAUUGCAGAGACAAGCCUCACGAUCAACGAUGUUGUGUACGUGGUCGACUGUGGUGCUCACAAGGAAGAAAGGUUGUCCGUCAACAAGGAGAUGUCCUCACUGGACAACCAGUGGGUCUCGCAGGCCAACGUGAACCAGCGGAAGGGGCGGGCGGGCAGGGUGCGGCCCGGGGAGAGCUACCACUUGUUCCCUCGGAGUCUGUUCAAGAAGAUGGAAGUGUUCCCUGUUCCAGAGGUCUUGAGGGUGUCCUUGGAGAAGACCAUUGUGGAUAUUAAGGCGUACAACAGAGGAGACAGAGUGGAGAAGUUCCUGAUGGAAAUGCCGGAACCGCCCAGCAGCGAAGCUGUUCGCCUGGCCGUGUCUGAGCUGAUCCAGCUGGGAGUGCUUGACCCGGACGAGAACUUGACGAGUCUAGGAGAGCGGAUCUUGUCUUUCACUACGCAUCCAAAGCUAUCAAAAAUAUUAAUAUAUGCCUCAAUUUUCAGGUGUCUGGCCCCAGCACUGACGAUCUGCACACUGCUGUCGAAUGACUUGGAAGUCUUCCGUGGCGGCCUGGAUGCAAAGGAAGCCAUACGGAAAGUCAAGAGCAGCUACAACUCCUCCAGCGAUCACCUGGCUUUGGCACGGAUGUACGAGGAGUGGGAGAAACUGGUGGACGAGAGCAUUGUCGAACCUAUCAGCUUCUGUCAUGAGAGAAAUUUGAACUCCAACAGCUUGGAGCUGGCUCAGAAGCUGCGGAAGCUGAUAGCAGAUCACGUGGUGCGCGCCCGGAUGGCGCGCGACGUGGACACCUGCACGGACCUCGAGGCGCCGUGCAACCAGUACGCCAGGAGCGACGAGCUCGUCAAGGCCGUGCUGCUGUCUGGCUUCAACACGCUGCUGCAGAGGCGCAGCUGGGACGUCUCGCGCGGCCGCCUUCUCAAGAACAAGAACGUCCUCAUGACGGAGUCAGGACUUCGUGCAACUGUCACAACGGAAAGUGUCAACACGAAACGCACUCAAUUUUCAACGCCUUUCCUGACGUACUUCCGCCAAGUGUUGAUGUCAGAAAGACGAGCGACCAUUAUUCGAGAGACUAGUCUUGUUUCACCGUUUGCAUUACUCCUGUUCAAGCCAGGAGAACUUCAUGUGCACCAUCAGGCGCCCGAUGUGAUAACGGACGGUGGGCGUGUGGUGAUCAGCCUGAAAGGGAAGCGAACGACUGCUCUGGUCUGCACGGAAAGGGACGCGAGGCUGCUGCAGAGACUGCGCGCGGUGAUCGCGGAGGUGACGGAGUACCUCGUGCAGAAGGAGGGGGUGGUGGAGCACGACUACGAGUACCGCACCGUGCUCUUGUUCCACGACAAGCUCCUGCAAGUGCUGUCACGGUUCCUGCAGGCGGCGGGCCGCGCCGACGACCGCGACGAGGCGGGCAGUUCGCAGCAGGCGGAGUGUCGGCAGUGAGCGCUGCAUUUAACCUUGAGUAUUAUGUACAUACACCAUCAGUGUACUCUUAGAAUUUCUCAUUGAAGCUGUACAGCUGGAACCAUUAUCCGGUCGUUUCCUAAAUAUGUAUUUGUUGAGAAAAAAAAAUAUAUUAUUUCAUAAAGGUU